UGCUGUUUCCUGGAGCUGCAGUCCGGGGAGCGCGGCUGCCAUGGUACAUUGUAGUGGCGUGUUUUUCAGAAAGUAUGGAAAUUUCAUCGAUAACUUAAGACUCUUCACCAAGGGAGGAACUGGCGGAAUGGGUUAUCCUCGUUUUGGUGGAGAAGGUGGAAAAGGUGGUGAUGUCUGGGUUGUUGCCCAUGACAGAAUGACUUUAAAACAACUUAGGAGCAAAUACCCUAAGAAACGAUUUGUUGCUGGUGAAGGAGCAAACAGUCGAGUUAAUGCACUCAAAGGCUCUAAAGGAAAAGACUGUGAAAUUCCUGUGCCAGUGGGUAUUACAGUGACUGAUGAAAAUGGUAAAAUUAUAGGAGAACUCAAUAAAGAGAAAGACAGAAUUUUGGUAGCUGAAGGAGGGCUUGGUGGUAAACUGCUUACAAAUUUUUUACCAUUAAAAGGCCAGAAACGAGUAAUUCGCCUGGAUCUAAAACUUGUUGCUGAUAUAGGUCUUGUGGGAUUCCCAAAUGCUGGAAAAUCUUCUUUGUUAAGUCAGAUUUCUCAUGCAAAACCUGAAAUUGCAGAUUAUGCAUUUACAACAUUGAAACCUGAACUUGGAAAGAUUAUGUAUAAUGAUUUCAAACAGAUAUCAGUAGCUGAUCUACCUGGAUUAAUAGAAGGAGCACAUAUGAACAAAGGAAUGGGCCAUAAAUUCCUCAAGCAUAUAGAAAGAACUAAACAAUUACUUUUUGUUGUUGAUAUUUCUGGUUUUCAGCUUUCUUCUUACACUAAGUACAGAACUGCAUUUGAAACGAUAAUACUCCUUACAAAGGAGUUAGAGUUGUACAAAGAGGAACUUCAAACCAAACCUGCACUACUGGCAAUUAAUAAAAUGGACUUGCCAAAUGCUCAAGAUAAAUUUCAUGUACUGAUGAAACAACUCCAGAAUCCUAAAGAUUUUCUGCAUUUAUUUGAAGAAAAUAUGAUUCCUGAAAGGAUUCUGGAAUUCCAACAUAUUCUCCCAAUCUCUGCAUAUACAGGACAAGGAAUUUAUGAACUAAAGGACUGUAUAAGAAAAUCCUUAGAUGAACAAGCUGACCAGGAAAAUGAUCCAUAUUAUAAGAAACAGUUGCUCACUUUACAGAGUUCCAAUGUAACAUGAACUGCCAUCAAAGAAUGCUGUUAUUCUUCCCCAAAUAUAAAUUAAAGCUUUUAAAUAAAAGCAGAAA